UGUGGGCGGGCCACGCAGGCGCUCUAGGGGUUUCGGCAGGGAGGUGGUGAGUUGUCCCGGCAGUGGGCUGCUGAACCGCGCGUGGAGAGAUGGGAUCUGAGGUAGAGCCCUGCCCCCUGGGCAUGUUUGAGUGCCAGCUUUGUGCCUUAACAGCUCCUUACAGCUAUGUCGGGCAGAAGCCCCCGGACACCCGGGCUGUUGUCCUCCUGGAGGAGAGCUACAUCAUGAAGGAUCCCUUCUCCUCAGACAAGGCCAGGUUUCUGGUCCUCGGCUCUCGGUGCAGUGUGUGCGGCAGGCUGGUGUGUGUGGGCCCGGACUGCAGCCUGUUCUACUCCAAGAGGGUCUGCCUCCCCUGUGUUCAAGAGAACAUCAGUGCUUUCCCUCAGGAAAUCCAGCAGGAUGUGGAGAAGAGAAAGGGUGCCAGCAAGAAACACGCCAGCCGUCCCUGACUGGCAGGGCACAGCCUCCUGUGAGGCAUUGGACUGGGCUUGGCCAGGAUUCCGGCCGGGAGUGCUGUAUUUGGUCUUCUCUGAACGGUGUGGAGUACCUCCAGCCUCAGAAGCUGAGGAACUACCAAGACUGAGGACAGACAGCAGGGGUGUAUCCAGCUGGAGCUCAAGGCCUAGCCUCUAGUGGAGGCCAGGAGAGAGAAAGAGGGACCUCCUUCGCUUGACAGCUAGUAGACACUUCCUGUAGAUGUAAAUGUGGCUUCUCUCCAGACUUCUAAAUAACACAAUGUCAUCUAUCUAGGGAAAUCAGCCUCUGAGGGCCAGAGGGUAAGCAAGGGUGAUGUCACAUCUUCUGUAACGCCUCAGAAAUGAUUUAAACCUUGACUCUGUGUCAUAUUUAUAAUUAAAAACCAGGAGGAUAAGCUAA